GCCGGGGCUGAUGCAACCCGUCCCGCCGCCCGCCACAGCCUGCGGGAGGGACGCUCGGCGGCCGCGACGGGAGGCGCUGGCGGCGGCGGACGCUGCAGCGGCGGCGGGGCUGGCGCCGCGGCGGCUCCCGGGCCGGGACGGGCCUGGGCACCGGGCGGAGCUCGGCGGCCGGGCGGCAGCGGCGCUGAGCGGGCACGGCGCCUGCAGCCGGGCCCGGGCCCCGGGGACGCCGCCUCCGCCCGCGGCUUCUGCACGGCUGGACUGCCACUCCUCCUGCUAUGAUGCCUGGGCAGAUCCCAGACCCUUCCGUGACUGCGGGCUCUCUGCCAGGGCUCGGCCCCCUGACCGGACUCCCCGGCUCGGCCCUGACUGCAGAGGAGCUGAAAUACGCUGACAUCCGCAACAUCGGGGCCAUGAUCGCCCCCUUGCACUUCCUGGAGGUGAAACUGGGCAAGAGGCCUCAACCUGUGAAAAGUGAGCUAGACGAGGAAGAGGAGCGGAGGAAAAGGCGCCGGGAAAAGAACAAAGUGGCGGCAGCCCGAUGCCGGAACAAGAAGAAGGAGCGGACGGAGUUUCUGCAGCGGGAAUCUGAGCGGCUGGAGCUCAUGAACGCGGAGCUGAAAACCCAGAUCGAGGAGCUGAAGCAGGAGCGGCAGCAGCUCAUCCUGAUGCUCAACCGGCAUCGCCCCACCUGCAUCGUCAGGACCGACAGCGUCAAGACCCCCGACUCAGACGGCAACCCACUGCUGGAGCAGCUGGAGAAGAAGUGACCAUGGGCUGGGAGGAGGAAGAGGAGGAGGAGGAGGAGAAGAUGGGGAAGGGAGGAGGAGGAGGAGGGUCCCAGAGGGCUCGUCCUUGCUGCAUGAAAAACUCUUCAGUGAGGCUCAGCACAGCCGGCAUCAGCCUGGCUUUUUUGUGAAACUCCGAUCAGCCACACCAGGGGAAGAAACCCAGGCUGAUGAGACCCAGGACCAAGCGCUGAGACCAAAGUAGUCCUGAGGGGGGCCUGUUCCGCCUGGGGCCAGGCUUGCAGGAGGCAGGACAGAGGCUCUGGGCCGGAGAGACGCCCAACCAGGCAGCUGUGGGCACUUCUCCGGCCUCUCCGCCAGGGCACCCACCCAAAGGACCUCCGAGCAGCCAGGAAAAGCCAUGAGUUGCAACCAAAAUUCGGCUGAGGAUGGAACUCAGAGUGAAACUGCAAUCUGCCUGCCCCCAGCCCUGACCCUGACCCUGAUCCCGAUGCAAGGCUGGAGAAGGGCACAGUGCCAGGCCCUGCUGUACCCACCCACCGUGGUCCAGCUCGGUCCUGCCCGGAGUGGCAGCCGGGGCGCACCCUCGCCGGCCCUGCUGGAGUUGCUGUGGGCACGAGGCGCGGGCGCCCUUCCAAAGCACAUACUCACUGAAUGUUUACAGACUGGCUGUCCUGGCAGGGCUUUCAACUGCACAUUUUUUUUAUACUUUCUUUUGUUUUGUUUUUUUAAUAUUUUUUACAAAAAAAGAUUUUAUACAAGCAAUAUAUAAAUGGAUUUCUAUAAUCACUCGAUGUGAUACAGUAUAAAUAUGCUAUGGUUUGUUUGUUACGAACAGAUAUUCAGCAGUUAUGGCCGUUGCGUGUAACUCCUAAGUACUGUAGUCUCUGGGUGUUGGGGGUGGCAGGGGUGGGGGUGGGGUGCAUUUCCAUCCUGGUAAACCCUUCAUAGUACUCAGUCCUGUAUCGCUCAGUAAACAUUACUCUUACUUA